AUGGAAGAAGAAGCUCAAGAGGAACCAUAUGCCAAACAAGUUGCUUCUCGAUCUUUUGGUUGCUCCUUGUUUGGAUGCAACCAAUUGAAACAAAUCCAUGGUCAGUAUUGCUGCCACAAUCAUGAAAUACUGUCAUAUGUUCUAUCAUUUGGGAAAGUGGCAUACACCGUCGUCGAUGGAUUCUUUGAUAACGAUAUUGAGAAGAAUCUCAAGAUUGGAAUCGCUUUGUUGAAAAGUGUUCAAAACAUCGACGUGGGAAUUCCCUGGAUUGCAGAUCUUGAUGAUGAAGAUCAUGUGCUAGCUGAAGGUGAAGAUCCUACAAGCAUUUUUCAUAAAGUGCCAUGGAAUCUCGGAUUCAUUGAUUGUGGUUUCUUGGAUUACGAAUUACAAAGGUCGUGGCUAUUCUUUCAUCCAACUAGCCUUCCAAGGUUUGAAACUUUUGAGUUUGAAGGAGCCUUAUUCCGAUGGGAUCGAAAAAAUAGGUUUGUUCAAACUUAUCUAGCAGAAAGCGAAGAACCACUCUUGAUUCCUUCAUCGGUUGCGUACCUCCGGGAAGAGGUUGAUGAUAUUGAAGAGGUUAAAAUGGAAGGCAUUGAAUUUUGGCGAGAAGGUUGGACAUUGAGCGAGCACAUUCUUCACAACCGAUCUUUGUUCUGCUUAACAUACAAAUCAAACGAGGAAGACACUCUUUUCCGCAGAAAACGAGGGAAACUCGACACGAAAAGGAAAGAAUCUCAAAUACAAUGUUCUUCCGGUCCUCCGAAGAAGAAGAGGAAAGAAACUCACGUAAAAAGUUGUUCCGCUGGAAAACAAACAACCACAGUAGGUGUACUUCCAAUGGCAUCUGGAAAUCUUAUUAGUGUAGCUAAGGUUCAUAAAAUCCAGGAAACUGAAACCUGUUGGUCAGAGAUGAAAGUUUGGAUGAUUGACCAAAUCUGUAAUGAUUCGGGAGUGUCUCAAGGAGAAGCACUCUUUUACCUUGAGGGGUUUAAGUGGGAUUUGGAUGUCGCCAUGGAGGCCUGCCGCAACAAAACCCUGCUGCCUGUUAAGAAAACUUCUUCGCUGGGGGGUUUGGUGACCGAGGAACCCACUGCAGAGCCAAUGGUAAUCAGUUCAGGUCGCAAUCAGAUUCUGCCAAAUUCACCAGAGCAACAGCCUCACUUGGAUAAUAAACUCAUCAACUCAUUCCGUGAGGCUACUUAA